UAGGCAACCCGAGCAACGCCUGUGUGUCGCCGGCUGCGCGCUCACCGGCGCUGCGACCGCGUCUUGCGUUUGCGUCUGCCUCAGCAAAGUCCGCCUAAGACCAGAUCGUGGCCGCCGCUGACAUCAUGAGGAGGCGCCUGUUCAGAGGUGUGCAGUGGGCGUCAUCCGCUCAAUGGCUUUACGUCCUGUUUGCCUUAGCUGUCGCACCUUCCAGGCCAGACGACAUCGCGGCCUCCUCCUCGGUGGACGCCGCGUUGGCGACGCCCUCCCAUCCCGGCGCCGCUGCGUCCAGCCCUGCCUCGUGGAGCGUGUCGUCCGCCCCCGCACCCCGCUCUCGCUUGGUGUCUACCCUGGCGGCACUAACGACACCAGCGUCGACGCCACCAGCACCCAGGUUGGCGGCGCUGAUGGCAGCACCCGAACCGAGGCCUCGCUCGAAUCCCGGGUACUGGACACACAACGAGUCCGCCUGGAUGCCCACCAAGUUCCUCGACUUCGACCACCUGGACGAGUCCGGCAGGCGGCCGUCGGCCCGCACGAGCGCCACCCCGCGGCCUGCGGACCCUGUGUUCGACACCAGCCUGGUGACCGACGUCAGCGUGCCGCUGGGCGCCACCGCCGUGCUGCACUGCCGCGUCAGGAACCUCGCGGGACGCCCGGUGUCUUGGGUGAGGCGACGAGACUGGCACAUCCUGACCUCUGGUCCGGUGACGUACACGAAUGAUGACCGCUUCCACGUGGUCAGCUCGCCGUCAGGAACCGACUGGAGCCUCCACAUCAAGUACGUCCAGAAGAGGGACAACGGCACGUACGAAUGUCAGGUGGCGACUGGUAGCGGCACAAUGUCACACUACUUCAACCUCCUGGUGCUGGUGCCAAAGGCGUUCAUCCUGGGCAGCGGGGACUACCACAUCGGCGAAGGCAGCACCAUAUCGCUCGUCUGCAUCAUCGAGAAUAGUCCUCUGUCGCCGCAGUACGUGUUCUGGCGGCACAACGACCGCGAGGUGGGCGUCGAAGGCGUGGGUUCGACUCCCGGCGUCUCCGUGGUCACGGAGCCGGGACCCAAAACUCACUCUAGGCUGGUCGUGUCGCGAGCCACGACUGCCCACUCCGGGAACUACACCUGCGGGGCGCCCGGAGCCGAGACCGACACCAUCAACGUCUUCGUCUCGGAGGGCGACAACACGGCGGCCAUCCAGCGGCAGUCGGCAUCGGCGGCGCCCCCACCUGCUGCGUCGCGACGCCCGUCCUGGCUGCAGAGCGCACCGGUCCUGGUGGCAGCGGCCGCCGCGGUCGCCUUCUCGACUUCGAGGUGA